GAAAUAGGAGAGCGUCGAGCGCCGAGCGCAGUGAAAGAGGCGGCAGAUCCGACCGGCACUCCGGCGACGAAAGUAAUCAGAGUAUAUUUUCAGUCGGUUCCCCACUUCCCUGACAUCCGCAUUGGAAAGAAGUGUCGUCGUCGUCCUCUCAUACACCCCUGCCGGUUUUUUUUUCGUUGCUCCGGUUGACUCGAACAAUCUUUUUCAUUUGUUUUUGGGUUUUUUGGUUCAUAUCCCCUCCCCGCCAACCGAUUUCUGUUUAUUCUUACGUCAAUUUUCAUUUCGGAUAUUGGAAAAACACACACAAAUAAAGUUUUUCUUUUUUUUACAUUUCAAACUUUCAAAAUCUAUUCCAUCCGCGUUUAACCAAUUUUUCAUGGAUUCGACCAUUCAAUUGUGAUAGAACUCGAUUCAAAUCCUCAGUUUUUUAAAACCCGCGAAUCGAUUUGAAAAAAAAAAAAAAAAAACAAUUUCGUGUGACGCAAUCGAGAGAAGAAAUUCAAACCGAAGAAAUCAGUUGAUCAAGUGUUUUGUUUCGAAAAAGAAUGUUGAUGUCUCACCAUCACCUGAACCAACAACAACAACAGCAGCACCAGCACCAGCACUCCAUCAGCGACUUGGAGAUCAUCGGCCUGUGCGGGAGCGGGAGCGUGAGCAGCAGUAGCGGCAGCAACAGCAGUUCGGUCGUCGGUUUAAUCAGUGCUGCUGGUGGUAUUGGCGCCAUGGCCGGAACGGGAUCGUCGGGAUCGAGUAGUAGCUCGACGGGAUCGUCGACGUCGGGAUCCUCAGCCUCUGGCUCCAUCAAAGACACGACCUUCACCAAGAUCUUCGUCGGCGGACUGCCCUACCACACGACCGACUCCAGUCUGCGCGAACACUUUCAAGUCUACGGCGAAAUCGAGGAGGCCGUCGUCAUCACCGACCGCCAGACGGGCAAAUCACGCGGAUACGGAUUCGUGACCAUGUCGGAUCGUCUGGCGGCCGAACGAGCCUGCAAAGACGCCAACCCCAUCAUCGACGGCCGCAAAGCCAAUGUCAACCUGGCCUACCUGGGCGCUAAACCCAGAGGCAACCUUCAAUCAGGAUUCCCAUUGGCGGCCGCCCUAAGAGCCGGAUUUCCAGCUGCACUUUUCGGACAAGGCCAAUACGGUGUCGGCCCGCAGCUGCUGUAUCCGUCGCCGUACGCGGUGACGCCACCCGGCUUGAUGCAACUGCACCCGCAGUCGCACCACCAGGCCGGCGCUGGCGGUUUGAAUUCGGCGGCCGCCUCGGCCGCCGUCGCCGCCGCCGUCGCUUCCGGGUUCUACGACUACCCGACGGCCGCCUACGCCGCCAGCCAAUUCGCCGCUAACGGAGGAUUCGACACUUCGUUCCCCUUCGGUGGCGCUGCAGCCGCCGCCGCAGCCGCCGGAGCGGCCAAUUACGGACUGGGACCGGCUUUCACGUACGCCUCGCUGCCGCCGGCGCUGCAGAACGCGGCGGCCGCCGCCGCAGCCUCCACCGGCCUGCCUCUAUCGCACUACGCCACCGCUCAGAGCCAGCUCCAAGAAGCUCGGAUGCAAUAAAGAUGUCAAUUUUGAAAAACAAAUCUGAUAUGAGUUUUGCGAGUCUGCACACACGUCAAUGUUAACUGAUAUACCCCCCUCCCCUUCCCUGAGAAGAAACAACAAAUAUCAACACGGAAUAUAUAAUUAUAAUUAAUUAUAGGCCUCCUAUAGUUCAUACGACACCCCAUAGAGAAAUCGAUGGGCUUUUAAAUCUUUGCCAGAUGAAAAUUUAUCGGCCCUUUCUGAUAUUUGAAUCCCCCCCCCCCCCAACCCGAUGAAUUAAAAAAAAAAACAAAAAAAAAACAAAAAACAAAUGAGCGGAUCAGAGGUUAAAAAAAGUUUUCUACAUACAAAAAUGUUUUUUUUUUUAAGAAUAGAAAAUAUGUCGAUGCAAAGAAAAUUAAUUUGACAACCCAUGUUACACCAUAUUUUAAAUUAUCAAAUUAGAUUUUUUCGCGUCUCUCUCUUUUUUGAUGUUUUAAGUUACCAGUUGAUGGCGACCAACAACCACUUUGAUCGCUGGAGUCGAAUCAAGUGAUUCUUUGUGAACGAUGCUCUCUCUCUCUCUUUUGUCUAUCUCUUAUAUUACUGCUGAACGAUGAAAGUGGCCGUUAUUAAGUUAGAUCUUUUUUUUACAAUAAUUACUAUCAAUUGCGCUAUGUCACACAGUCAAACCCCCUCCCUCUCUCUUUUUUCUCUCCCGACAAAACAAACCCAAAACAAACCAAUUCCCUUCAUCUCUUCCAUCCGCUUUGAUUUAGCGCUAAUGGGAAAUGUGAAGAUGACACACAGUACGCGGCUGGUUCGAUGCAAAAUAACAUCUUCACUUCAUCAAAUACCAUUAAAAUAUACCACCCGAAACUGAGCCCUUGACAAAAUAAAACAACCUCCCAUAGAGAAUAUAAAAUCAUAACGAAACAAAUUCUUAAAAAAACAAAAAACAAAACAAAUAAAUUCGUUCGAAUGUUCCUGUACACGCGCGCAAGAGAACUUCAAACGAAACCAAAAUUACAAAAAAAAAACAAUUCUUACCAAAACAAAUUUUUAAACGUAUCUUUUUAUUAAGUAAAUUCAUUUUGAUUUGCAUCGCAAUUUUAUAUGUAUUUGAUUGUCUGGUACGUGUCAUUUUUUUUUUCAAAAGUAAUUGCAUAAGAUAUAAUAGAGCCAGAGACACGCUAGUCGUGAAAAAGUAUCAACUGGCGGAUAUAAGAGUAUACCUUAUAUAAUGAAUUGAAUAAGAAUCGCUGUUUGUUAAUUUCUUGUUGUACUAGUCGAAUGAGAGAGAGAGGGACAAGAAUUUUCAAUGUCUGAAUUUGUUAUCGAUGAUGAAAAAAAAAAUUCUAUCGGGAUUAAGCUAUACACUAAAUACUACAUGUUAUGUAUCAUCCAGUGCCUUUUUUUUGUCAGUGAAAAUUUCCUUUUUUUAUUUGUGAUUUUAUUUUCAAAUUUUUUCAAUCGGUUAUCAUUAUUAUUAUUAUUUUUCCUUCUCUCUCUAUCUCUACUUCCUGCAUUGCGUUCGCUUAGGUUUUUUCUCCAUCCAUUUCUUUUCCUUCUUCUUCCUUUUUUGACUUUUAUGUCAUUGACGCUUUUCUUGCCCCCCUAUCGUUAUCGCCGUGGCUCGCUGGUAUGGAGAAGAAGAGUCAAAAGCAAGCCAUCAAAAAACGACAAAGAAACAAAAACGCCAAGAAAAAAAGAAAGAAAGAAAAAGAAUCCGCCGAAUCAACGUUCCUGACGUCAUAUCGAUCUAUGUCAUUUGGGUUAUGCCACACAAAUAGAUACAGGAUAUCUGUGUUUUUUUUUUUUUAAAUUUUAUUUUCAAGGGGACAGUGGGAGGUGGAGCAGGUGAAGAGCCGCCAAGAAAAGUCUCGCAUACCUUUCUCUCUCUCCUUUCUCUCAAAGAAAAAAAAUGCUGAUGUAGUAUACCAACACAGAACAGGACAAGGACAACUUUUCUAAUGCGACUGCAUAUUAUAUACUAGUUUCGAAAGUUCUACACCGAAAAUCCCGACGUUAUUAAAUCAAAGUUUCUGGGAGGGUUGAAAAAAAAAAGAAAUAAAAGAAAAAGAAGAAGAAAGAUCGAGCUGUACACAGUCCACUAUCUUUGGACUUGUAUAGAGUGAUGAGUUUCAGAUAUAAAAAGGGGGGAAAGAGAGCAUGCAGCACGCGCGCCAUAGACGUCACACUUCGCUCUCCAUUUGAUAUAUUCGAUCGUGACCCCCUCCCUUUUUUUCUUCUUUUCUUUUCAUUCAGUGUGUGACGUCGCAAUCAUUUCCUUUUGUUAGACGAUCUUGAUGCUAGAAGACUACUGCUGUACACACACACACAGAGCAGCACUGCUGAACUAUACAUGCUGUUGUGUAUAUAUAUCGCAUGUUGGCGUGUAUAACUGAAUAUCGAUUCGCUCCCUUGCCAGGGCGUCCCCCGGGCGGAGCCGAGAAACUUUCAUGUGUAGUAUAGGCUACUAAAACAUCCUUUUAUUUUUUUAUUUUUUAAAUUUUUAUUUGAUUUUUCUAGCUACUGCCAAUUGAAGUUGACAACACACGCCAGAAUCGGGUGAAACACACAGCGCAAGUUCUAAGAACUUGGAGAGUGAAAAAGAGUUUGCAGCAGGAUUUCUUGUUAGUUGGGAGCUAUACACGGAAGGACAAUUAAAACCAUUACGUAAUGAAAAGCCCAAAAGAAAUUGAAUAUACCGGAAUAUACGACACCCGGUUGCUGGUGUGGCCAGCUCCGAUGUGGAUCGAAUGUAUAGAGCACAGGGUGAAAGAAACAAGUUGAGACGAUAGUUUUAUUCUCUCGUGAAAAACGAAAACAAAAAUAAAGGUGUCUGCGGUUUCGUGACAAAAAAAAAGUAGAAAAAUCGAAUCUGCACGCGACGACUCUCGACCGUACCUCGCGCCUCGAAUUCGACUCUCUCUGGUUUAUUCCUUCGUCUCUCCCGAUGAUUGAAAUCUAGUCUCGGUUAUUCAAUUCUUUUCUUUCUUUCUUUCUUUCGUUCUUUUCUUGGCAUCUGUUUCUUUUGUUUUCAAACCUCUAACAAUCUAUCCGUUAUUUUUUGUUCACACUGGAAAUAAGAAUCCUGUCGACGAGAAUCGCUUCGAUAUUUCGCUGAUGCACAAGCUUUUGUGAACCCCUUCCCCUUCCAGUUUCUAUAUGAUUUGAAUUGAUUUGAUGAAUGAACUAUCCGAACAUUUUCAUUUUGAAAACAUUCAGAUUUUUGUUUUAAAUAUUCUUUCUGGCCACAUCAAGUAAUUUUCAGCAUGCAACAGGAAUAAUCUAUUCAUUAGAAAUAAAUAAAUAAGAAGAAAUAACGAAGAAAGAAGAUGAUUCAAUAUUCAUGUGCUAUAGCUCAAUUCAAUGACGACGCGGCUCGGUGGAUUAUUUUUUUUUUUCGUCAGUCCUUAUUGUUUUGUGUCAAUUUCAUUUGUGCAUCUGUUUCUUAAUUUUGGUCAUCGUCUUUCUGUCCUGUUAUAUUGUUGUUGUCAUCGAUGACAUCAUGAUGUUUAACAAGGUGACAGAUGUAACGGCAUCCCGUGUCAUCCCUCUCUCCCAUCCAUCCACCCCCCUCAACCCAUCGUGUAAUAAGCAAAUAAAUUUAAAAUGCGCGCGCGGA